AUGUUCAAGACUUUAAUCAAAAAAGUUCGUGAGGAAAGCAAUAAUUCGAGUAUUUUACUCGAAAACAAUCCCGAAGAAGUCAAUGACCAUGCGAACAAUUUUGAUGAAGAAAACUCGUCAACGAUGCGAACUCAUCGUCGAUCGAAUUCGAUCACGCAUCGCUCCUCAACUCACAAUUCCAGACUUCCAUCAGCUUCUCACGAACCGGAGAAAAAAGAAGAAACCAUCACAUCUUUAGCAGAAAUCUUUUCCCCGUACAUCGAAGAACCAAUAUCGAUCGAUAAUUUCGUUCAAGUGCUAAAAGCUUGGAUCGCUUCAACAGAAGAAGCCCUUCAAUCGAAAGAUGAAAGCAUAGAACGAUUAGUGCAAGAAACAAAUCAUUUGCAAGAUGAAAUGAUCACUUUGAGAAGUAAACUGAAAGAAUUACAUUCCAGACGAAAUAGUACUCCAGACAAUACAACUAAAACUCUACAUUUACAAAAACAAAUUGAAACUCUCCGUACGGAUAAUGAAAAUCUGAAAUCAACUAUGAAGUCUUUACGAGUACAGUUAAAUGAUGUUGAAGCUGAAAGAGAUGAUCUACUCAUUAAGUCCACGGAUGUUACCAACUUGAAAGCAAGUGAUGAUCUUCAAAAGCAAUUAGAAAAGCAAAACGCUGAAAAUGAACAACACCAAUUAGAGUUAGCUAAACUAAGACAAAGACUGAUCGAGCGAGACGCCAUUAUCGAAGAGCAAGACAGACGUUUACUAGUUGAUCACGAAACACAAGCGAUACAAACAGAUGAAGAUACUUCAUUCGUACAAGUACUUGCUGAACCAGAUGUUGACACACUGAGUAAAUUACAAGCAGAAUUAGAUGAAAAAAACCGAACCAUUAAAAACUUGCAACAACGUUAUAAUGAUCUUCGAAAAACCCUACAACGUGAAUUCCAUGCGUCUAUACCCAAAGAUUUUAAUCAAGUUGGGUCUUCGAAAACAAGCGCAAACACUCCCUUCUCAUCGAAUAAUGUACCGUUGAUACAUUAUGAUGCAACAGCAGCAUCACAAAGUGACGUUGAUGCAGCUAAACGAGCAUCGACAGCUCGACAGAUGACAGCAGUACGUAAGAAUGUGUCAUUUACCUCAAUGGCACCAGCUGCAGAGCCUACCAGCCCAGCGAUUUUACCUCAUACGUCCGUAGAGUUAACUUCUGUUAAACCUCAAAAGAAUGGACAUCGUUCUUCGAUUGGAGAUAGUCAAACACCUGUAAAUGGUACAAAUUUUAAAUAUUUGAAACAUGUUGUAUUGAAAUUCAUGACUUCAACGGAGGAUGAGGCCAUCCAUCUCAUUCGUGCAGUAUCAACGUUGCUCAAUUUCUCUGCAGAUGAAGAACGACUCCUUCGUGAAACAUUGGAUUAUAAAAUGUCUUGGUUUGGGAAAGUCUCUCGUAUAAAACCAUUAUAA